UUGCCUCUGUGACUAAUGUGCAGGUAUCUUUGGGAGGCACAGAAGAUUAAACAGGCCACCAUCCAUCCAGACACAGGAGAGAAGAUCCCCAUGCCCUUUCGCAUGUCAGAUUCUGUGCCCUUUGGUACUCCAGUGGUUGUGGGCCUUCUUUUACCCAAUCAGACAUUUGCUUCCACCAUCUUCUGGCAGUGGCAGAGCCAGAGCAAUAACGCCUGUGUCAACUACUGCAACCGUAAUGCAACUCAGAUGUGGUAUAUAAGCAUUCCCACACCAAUGUCAAAGUUUUUCCAGGGUUACCUUGGUGCAGUCAGCAGUGCCGUUACUAUUGCAGUGGGGCUGAAUCUUCUUAUUAAAAGAGCUGAGCAUUUCAGUCCAGCUAUAAGAAUCCUGGUCCAGAGGUUCAUCCCGUUACCUGCCGUUGCAAGUGCCAACGUGUGUAAUGUUUUGCUGAUGUGCCACACUGAGCUGUCAGAGGGCAUCAGCGUACUGGACGACAAAGGCAAUGUGGUGGGCACCUCAAAUAUUGCUGCCAGGCAUGCUCUGAUGGAGACAUCCCUGACACGUGUCGUGCUGCCCAUGCCUGUUCUCUUGCUGCCAUCUUUAAUAAUGGCUACGCUGGAGAGGCUCCCUCUGCUGCAGAAGCACCCUCGUCUUGGGCUGCCUGUUCACAGCAUGGUGUGUGUCUGUGCGUUCGGCCUAGCGCUGCCUGUUGCCAUCAGCCUGUUCCCCCAAAACUCUCAGAUCCACGUGUCAGAGCUAGAGCCAGAGAUCGCUGCUGCAACAGAGUGCAAGAUCCUGACCUACAAUAAGGGUCUUUAACCAUUCAAAAUGCAAAGCGUCAUUAGAAAUGUUGAUUGCAUCUCACUGGAUUAUUCCUGCUGUGUAUGAAUGUGAAUCCUCUCUCAACCACACACAGAGACAGACUCACACCAGCGCUAAUCAUCCUUUUUCUAUGUACUUGA